UUGGAGAGGUUGGGGUCACACAGUCUAUCACUGCGCUGGAGACAAAGCGCAUCAUGCUGGCAGAUCGGUUCCGACAGAAACUGGACAUUUCGAGCAGAAUAACGCUCGAAGAUCCCUGAAACAUUUGGACGCAGACCUCUGAACAGAAAAAAAUGCAUGAUCCAUGAUGAACUGGGAUGUGGUGGUUCAUCUGUUCCAAUAAUAUUGCUAUAAAAUAAUGGCUUGCCGCGCUGGAUGCUGCUGCAACAGCAUCGGUACCCUAAAUGAAGACAAUGCGAGAUUUCUAAUGCUGGCUUUGUUAAUCAUCAUCUACCUGUUAUGUGGGGCAGCGGUGUUUUCAUCUCUGGAGCAUCCGAAGGAGAAGCUCGCCAAGGAGAAAUGGGCUCAGAGGAUCGAGCAGUUCACACACAAGUACAACCUGAGUCAAGACGACCUGAAGAACUUCCUGAGGAACUAUGAGGAGGCCAAUGUGGCGGGAAUCCGUGUGGACGCGACCAGACCGCGAUGGGAUUUUGCGGGAGCUUUUUAUUUCGUCGGAACUGUGGUUUCAACUAUUGGUUUUGGGAUGACGACACCCGUCACUAUUGCCGGAAAGAUCUUCCUGAUCUUUUAUGGGCUUAUUGGUUGCGCUGCCACCAUUUUGUUCUUCAACCUCUUCCUGGAACGUGUCAUCACCGUGAUCGCAUUUGUUCUGAAGUUCUGCCACAAGCGCAGAGAACGCCGCAAAGCCGGUCCGGCCCAAAACUGCCACCGCCCCUCCGCCGGCACCAGAGAGCGGCGCACGGACAGCUUGGCCGGCUGGAAACCCUCGGUGUACUGCGUGAUGCUCAUCUUAGGAGUCGCCGCCAUCUUGGUUUCCUGCUGCGCGUCCGCCAUGUAUUCUGCGGCCGAGGGUUGGGACUACCUGGACGCCCUCUAUUUCUGUUUCGUGGCUUUCAGCACCAUUGGUUUUGGGGAUAUGGUGAGCAACCAGCGUGAGAUGUACAAGGCUCAGGCGGCCUACAGGGUGGGCAACUUCCUUUUCAUUCUAACCGGAGUGUGUUGCAUCUACUCGCUGUUCAACGUCAUUUCCAUCGUGAUCAAGCAAGUUCUCAACUGGCUUCUGCGGAGGCUGGAGACUCCCUGCCGCUGCCCAGGCCGAGGGAACCGCCACACUCGGAGGAACGCGGUCGUCCCGGGCCACAUGAGAACCCGGCGGGAAAACUCCAUCGAGACUGACGCGGUCAAUGACAGCGAGGCGGAUGGACGGCGGAUGUCUGGAGAGAUGAUCUCCAUGAAAGACUUUCUGGCCGCUAAUAAAGUUAAUCUGGCCAUCAUGCAGAAGCAGCUGUCAGAGAUGGCUAACGGACAUCCUCGCCAGUUAGGGAGCAGCUCGCGUCACAAUGAGUUCUCCGGAGGGGUCGGAGCGCUGGGAAUCAUGAACAACCGGUUGGCAGAGACAAGUGUAGAUAGAUAAAUCCACCAUUUAGAAAUGUGAAGUAACCAGAGGACCCCACAGCAAAGUGUGAUCA